GCUCACCAAUCAAGAAUCCUUUGUCAUCGGCACUCGGUCGAUCAUCCCCCGCGAACCCUCCGGCUCUUCUCAUUCGCGACGCGCUCACUUAAAAAGCCGUUGCCAACUCAUCACCGUCUGCACAAAAGGCAGCUAAACACCAAUCAGCCAUAAGAACGGGCGUGGGAUUGAUCUAGAACCUCGAGAGCCUCUUGAGCAUUCGCCAGUCACGAAAGCGGGGUCAGAAAGUGCAAUUCUGUCUUGUCAGGCUCAAAACCAAGAGCACUCCUCCUCCUCUCGGACUUGGGACAAAUUACUGGAACACAGCUUCCAUCUCGGUUAGUGUCAUCGCCGGCUCGAUUUGCUAAACAACUUGAAAGAAAAAAGCACCGCGUUGCAGUCUAAUGGCCAGUACGUCGCCUAACUCAUCUUCCUCCUCAAAGACAUCCGGCAACGCCUCGCCAGCGAAGACACCCGAAUCUCCCAUUCUUCCAGCUCUACAGGCAGAGGCGACCCAAAAUAGUCCUUUGAAACCUGUGCUGUCCGACGUGAUGGAUGCUCAAAACACAAACACCAAGCCUCAGGGCGGUCGUGCCCAGGUCAAGACGCCAGAACCGCGCCACUCCACAGAGCGCAUGAACAACCAAAAGGAUGCCGCUGAGAGAUCUCCCAGCACCCCUGGACAUUUGGCGCCGUUUGACUGGGACGAAUUUGAGGCUCGCUAUGAAGAGGCUCUUGCCGACGCUGAUCGCAACGAGCAGGAGCUUCUCAAAGAGUUUGAAGAGCUUGUCAAGUUCUUCAACGUCUGGGCAUCUGCUGCCUCGGUCCGUGACACCGAGCGCGGAGUGAAACGUCUCCAGACCAGAGAGCGAUACGUCAAGAUCGCUGAACAGAGCUUGUCACAAAAGAAGAAACACCUCACUGAGGUUGUUCGCGCUUUUCAGAGCGCCCUGGCACUCCUAAGCCAGUCCUAGCCUCAUCCACACAAAAGGACGGCUGGCCUUGAUGACAGAAGCAUCUCACAUGAACCUUCUCUCCGGCGGAACCUGUCAUCAAGAGCUUUCAUCAUAGCCAAGGGCACAUAUUUCGCACGGUUGGCGCCACAUAUCAUUGCUGGCGGCAAACUCUCUCUCUAGCAGACUCCAUGGGCUGAGGCGCUGGGCUCCCGUCUCUGAACUCUACAGCGAAAAUCAACGCUCUCUUCCAGACCAUUCUGAGCCCAGCUUGCCAGCCUCGCCCACCAGGAAGAACAGGUUGCCAGCCAUCUCUUCCGCAACCCAA